AUGUCAUCAACACUGUUACCGUUCUUGUAUCAAACAAGAACUCUCCAGACAGCCAUUCGGCUACAACCGAUAACAAAGUUCAUUCGGUCUGCCCACACAGCCCGAGGCACCAAGUCCAGGAUACGGGACAACUCCAUCCCCUUUGAAUGGGACCAUGACACUCCCUAUGAGGAAAUGGCAGGUGCGCCUGGCCAGCAGUCAACGAUAACGCCGUCAGAAGCAGAAGUUUUCAAGGGGAUUUUCGACGAAAUCGCUCAAGGAAAGAUGCCAGCCAGCAAAAAACGUCCCACGCUUCCCGAAGGCGCGCAUCUCCAGAGUGAAACUUCUGAUGAGCCAAAGUCUGGAAUGGCAAGGUCAAUCGUUGAGCAAGCGCGUGUGAUGGAGUUUCGAGAGAAAUCCCUGCGUCGGUAUCCGGCCUCGUUGAGAAAUGCAGCCCAGGUUGCCUUGGGGUUGUUCGAGUUGGAACCGAGUGAUUCUGCGGCCAGCCAGAUGAUGGAGUUGGAUGAGGCUGAUCAAGCAAAGUGGGAAGAGCGUGCAAAAUACGAGCGCGCGAGGGUUGAGGAACGCGAAAGAGUUGAUGCGCUGAUGAAGGCGUGCGAGACGGAUGGCGAAUUGUGGAAAGUAAUGGAGAAGGAGGUCUUUUCGCUGCCUGCAAAAUUGGGAAUCACACAGACAAAGAGAGCCACUAACAAGGGCAAAACUGCAAAGGCUCGAGGAAAAGCUGUGGCCGCGGAACAGGCACAAACGGCUGAUGAAGAGAAACGCGUAAUGGAUGUUCACGGCCCUCUAUACCCGCACUUCAUCAACACAGCCAUGGGCCUCUUCGACACUGCGUUUACCCGACCUUCCGACUACGCCUUUCAGAUUCUACCUCGGGUCAAAGGACUUGGUCUGCCAUCUUAUGUCCUGGGCGUGUCGACACCAUUCUACGCUAGACUUGCUCGGAUGCACUGGAAUCGAUACGGCGACGCCAACUCUGCACUCGAUGUGCUGCAGGAGAUGAAUUCCACGGGACUAUACGCGGAUGAAGAUGUUCAUGAGCUGCUGAUUACAAUUCGGGAUCAUCUGCAUGGGUGCACCUGGGGCGCGCAGGGACCGUUUGUCAUGGGAAUGAUGGAGGCGCCUCCUUAUGAUGGGAUGUUGACACAGCGAUUACAGGGGAUGGAGAGAUAUGUCGUGCAUUCGAUUGAGAAACAGGCAGAGCGUGCCAUGUAG